AUGUCUUACGAAUAUACUUAUCCUUUUUUUCUUUUUGGAGAACUGGAUGUUGAGUUUACUAGGAUGAGAAGAGUUGUUUUUUGUAUUCCUCCACGUAUCAUAGAUUAUGAAGCUAUUGAUGAUAUUGCUAUGGAGAUGGAAUUCCUUCCUUCUAUGACUGGCCCUCUCACUAGGAAUGAGGUACUAGCACCUCUGGAUAGGGCACUUCCCUCUCAAGCCCUGGGUGGUGCAUCUUCCUCUCAACCUAGUCUAUAA